AUGUCUAUACCACCUACAUCAGCUAAAAGUGAAAGAUUCUGGUCAUUCAUAGCGAAUAUUUAUUCACCAAAACGUCACCGACUGACAAAUGAACAUGCAAUGAAAAUGACAUGUAUUCGAUGUCAUGAUGAAAUUAUAUCUAAUAUCGAAUUUAAUGAUAUGGACUAUAGUAAUAAUAAUUUAGAACAAUUUGAGGAGGAAGAU